GCAUGCUGCAGCUACACAGAGCUACACAUGCUGUGCAGGGAAACCAUCACCUGAUCGAUUCGAACAUCGAUGCAUCAAUGUUCUGUCCAAUCCAGGCUACCCGCUGCCCUGCGGCAUGCAAGGAACUGUCGAGGAAUCAAUUACAAUAGUAUAUAGGUGGGUAGCUAUCUGUAAGUUCACUCAUCCGAACACUCGCAUCUAGAGUUCAUUUGAAGCAAUCUCGAUUUUCAACGAUUAUGUCGACCUGUGCAUCAUCGCCCUUUGACCACCCAAAAGCUGACAUUAUCCUGCGGUCCUUAGACCGGGUCGAUUUCCGUAUCUUCAAGCUUUUUCUCUCCCUCGCCUCUCCGUUCUUCGAGACUAUGUUUGAACUCCCCCACCCAGCAGUCGGGACGAAUGACGGUCUCUCUGUCAUCCCCAUGCAAGAAGACAGCAAAACACUAGACACUUUCCUCAGAUUCUGCUACCCCUCCACAUUGGCAGAAGAUCCCUCGCUCGAGAACCUGAAAGACAUUAAAGCUAUCCUCGGGGCUGCGAGGAAGUAUUCGCUGGACCUGAUAGAGAGGAAGGUUUGUCAGGCUCUAGCUAGUCCCAAGGUUCUCGAGGCAGAGCCUCUUCGCUGCUUCGCAAUCGCUCGGAACGCACGGCUCGAACACGAAACUAUCACUGCUGCCAGAUACACCCUACGACGGCCCUUGAUUCCCGCAUGGUUCGCAGAGAUCGAAUUGAUCACCGCGUCUGACCUUCUCGCUUUGCUCACGUACCAUAAGAAGUGCAGCAUCGCAGUAGCACCAUUGCUACUCAACUUUGAUUGGGUGACGAGCCAUUAUGGUAUUUCAAACCGUAAUCACUGGCUGGUAUCUGAGACUGUGGGAAAGAACUCCAGCCCCAGCUGCAAAUGUGGGCGUACCAAAGCCAAAUUCGGGUUGUGGGGAAUGGCUCCGCUCUCUUGGUGGGACUACUUAUAUGGAGGAAACAUUCGAAUUAUUGAGGGACACUCCUUCUGGCGCUAUCGUGAAGUUGGAGGCAGAAAAGACGAUACAGAAGGUCAGAAAUGGGGGCUGUGCUAUUUGCUCUGCCGGGGUCAAGGCGAAUAUGGAAGAGUUUAG